GUCAGGUGCGUGCACCCGGAAGUCUUUCGUGGCCAGAGUGAGGGAAAACAACAACAACAGCAGCUGAUGUUUGUGUGAAGGCCCGGGAGGUGCAGCUGUUCCGGGAGCUCCGGUGUUCCCGCCGCUUCCAGGAUGUGGAUCCCGCCGGAGGAGGUGCUGCUGGCCGGGGCCUUGUGGGUGUCCGAGCGGGCCAACCCGUUCUUCAUCCUGCAGAGAAGGAGGGGGCACGGCCGCGGAGGGGGCCUCUCCGGUCUGCUGGUUGGGACUCUGGAUGUGGUUCUGGACUCCAGUGCCAGAGUGGCUCCGUACAGGAUCCUGCUGCAGACGGCGGACUCUCAGAUCUACUGGAACAUCGCCUGCGGCUCAUCGAGAAAGGAGAUCACAGAGCACUGGGAUUUUCUGGAGUCCAACUUGCUGCAAACCAUCUCCAUCUUUGACAAUGAUGAAGACAUUACCACCUUCGUCAAAGGAAAGAUCUUGGGCAUCAUUGCAGAGGAGAACCGUCUGAAGCAGGGUGAGGAUCAGGAGGAGGACAGCGGGAAGUUCAGGGAGGCGGAGCUGAAGAUGAGGAGGCUCUUCGGGAUGCCUGAGGAGGAGAAGCUGGUGAACUAUUACUCCUGCAGCUUCUGGAAGGGCAGAGUGCCUCGGCAGGGGUGGCUCUACCUGUCCGUCAACCACCUGUGCUUCUACUCCUUCCUGCUGGGCAAGGAGGUGACUCUGGUGGUGCCGUGGACCGAAGUGACUCAGCUAGAGAAGAACGCCACGCUGGUGUUUCCCGAGAGCGUCCGUGUGAGCACCCGGCACACCGAACACUUCUUCUCCAUGUUCCUCAACAUCACUGACACCUUCAAGCUGAUGGAGCAGCUGGCCAACCUGGCCAUGCGGCAGCUGCUCGACAACGAGGCGUUCGAGCUCGACCGCUCGCUGCCCAAACCCUGCAAGACCCUGAAGAACGUCUCUGCCCUGAAGAGGGAUUUUGAUGCACGCGCGAAGAACGAGUGGUACCGGGCCAUGUUCCGGCUGACUCACGACGAGCGGCUGGACGGACACACGGACUGCACACUGUGGGCGCCGUUCGCCAAAAUGCAUGUGGUUGGACAGCUGUUCAUCUCCAACAACUACAUCUGCUUCAACAGCAAAGAGGAAGACCUGUGUCAGCUCAUCAUCCCGCUUCGAGAGGUCUCUGUGGUGGAGAAGGCGGACAGCAGCAGCGUCCUGCCGUGUCCCGUCUCCAUCAGCACAAAGAACAAGAUGAACUUCCUCUUCGCCAACCUUAAGGACAGAGAUUUCCUGGUCCAGCGCAUCUCUGACUUCCUGCAGCGAACCCCCGACAGUUUGUGGGGAGACACCAACCCUUUGUCCCUGAUCGGUCCCUCCGCGUCCGCCGGUGUCCCCGCCUCCUCGCUGGCAAAAUCUGACUCCGUCCCAAAGGGGCGCCAUUACCACCCUGGUCUGCCAACUGCCACUCAGACUCUGCUGCAGCUCUACCACCGGGACUCCCCGGAGGACCUGGGACCCAAAGCAAUGAAGGAGAAGAUGAAGGAGGAGGCAUGGAACAUCCACUUCUCUGAGUUUGGUCGGGGUGUCUGCAUGUACCGAACGCCCAGAACCAGAGAACUUGUCCUGAACGGGAUCCCUGAACGUCUGCGCGGGGAGCUGUGGCUGCUCUUCUCUGGAGCACAGAAUGAAAUCGUGUCCCACCCUGGUUACUAUGGCGACCUUGUUGAAGCAGCCAUGGGUCAGUGCUCGUUGGCGACAGAGGAGAUUGAACGGGACCUCCACCGCUCAAUGCCCGAGCACAGAGCCUUCCAGAACGAGACAGGGAUCGCCGCCCUGCGCCGGGUGCUCACCGCCUACGCCCACCGCAACCCGGGCAUCGGAUACUGCCAGGCGAUGAACAUUGUCACCUCUGUGCUCCUGCUUUACUGUAAGGAGGAGGAGGCCUUCUGGCUGCUGGUGGCACUGUGUGAGCGGAUGCUGCCAGACUACUACAACACCAGAGUUGUAGGAGCUCUGGUGGAUCAGGGGGUGUUUGAGGAGCUGACCCGGGACUUUCUCCCCCUGCUGUAUGAACAUAUGCAGGAAUUGGGAGUCAUUUCCACCAUCAGCCUUUCCUGGUUCCUCACCCUGUUCCUGUCUGCGAUGCCGUUCGACAGCGCUGUUCUGCUGAUCGACUGCUUCUUCUAUGAGGGCAUUAAAGUCAUCUUCCAGGUGGCGUUGGCUGUCCUCCAGGACAAUAUGAAUGCCCUCCUUUCCUGCAGCGAUGAAGGGGAGGCCAUGACCAUUCUGGGCAGGUACCUGGAUAAUGUUGUGAACAGGCAGACCGUGUCUGCGCCGAUCCCCCACCUUCACACCAUACUCACCAGUGGAGAUGACCCCCCACCGGAGAUUGACGUCUUUGACCUCCUCAAGUCAUCGUACGAGAAGUUCGCCUCCCUGCGCUCUGAUGUCAUAGAGCAGAUGAGGUUCAAGCAAAGGUUAAAGGUCAUUCAGUCCCUGGAGGACACAGCAAAGAGGAGUGUGGUGAGGGCGAUGAUGACGGAGUCAGCCUUCAGCAUAGAGGAGCUGGAGGAGCUCUACUGUCUCUUUAAGUCCAAACACAUGACCAGCUGUUACUGGGGCUCCAGCAGUUCUGCAGCGGAGCGCCACGACCCCAGCCUGCCUUACCUGGAGCAGUAUCGCAUCGAUCCAGUCCAGUUCACUCAGCUCUUCACUGUUUUGGCCCCAUGGACAUGUGGAGGACACACCCCCAUAUUGUCGGCUCGCCUCUUCAGGCUCCUGGACCAGAACCAGGAUGGUCUCAUCAAUUUCAAAGAGUUCAUCACUGGACUCAGUGGGAUGUACCAUGGAGACAUGACGGAGAAAAUGAAGCUGCUAUACAAGCUCCACCUCCCUCCAGCUUUGUGUCCUGAGGAGGCGGAGUCUGCUCUGGAAGCCACGUACUUCUUCACCAAUGACGAACGACAUGAGUCUUCCUUCAUGUCUGACCUGGACUCUGUGCAGCAGCACAGGAUGACUUCAGGUGAGGAGACAAAGGAUGAAGAAGACGAGGAGAAGAAAGAGGUGAAGGACUACAAGUACUACCUGAGGAUGUGGGCCAAAGAGAAGGAACCCAAGAGGGAGACGAUCAAGGAUCUGCCCAGAAUGAACCAGGAGCAGUUCAUUGAGUUGUGUAAGACUCUGUACAACAUGUUCAGCGAGGAGCCGCUGGAGCAGGAGCUCUAUCACUCCAUCGCCACCGUGGCCAGCCUCCUGCUGCGCAUCGGAGAGGUCGGAAAGAAGUUUGGCAACGGGGCCAAGAAGAACGAGGCCCCCGAUCAAGCCCCACCCCCUGCCCAAGCCACGCCUGGAGAUGGAGCAGCAGGUGUGUCUCAGGUGUGCAGCGCUCUGGCUGAGGCCCAGCUGGAGCUGCCAGCUCAGCAGACGUCUGAGGAAGAAAACAAGGACGACACGUCUGUGUCCUCUUACUCUGUGGUGAGCCUGGGCUCCCUGCACUGCGAGGACCUCGCAGACGACCUCGUGCUGGUCGGUGGAGAGCAGAGGAAGGCCAGCACGAUGGAUGUGGACUGGUCAAUCACCUUUGAACAGGUGCUGGCAUCGCUGCUGACGGAGCCGCCGCUGGUCGACUACUUUGAGAGGAAGAGGAACAUCCAGACCAAGAUGGCCGCCUGCAAAGAUCAGCGCGUCCUUGAGCGACAAACUAGCUCCGCCUCUGACCUUGAACUCACUCAGCAUUCCAUUUGACUGUCCUGUGCUGUACCUGACCUGAGCAGGCAGGCUCCGCCCACACACUGUCAGUAUUUCACAUCCAGAAUCAAUUCAUAUUCUGGUCUGUUGGUAAGGUUGUGUUCAUGCAGGCAUGAGGAGGCGUGGCCUCUGGCCUCCUGUGUUUACCCAGAUCUCCUUCUAGUCUUUUCAAGUUGUCCAUCUUGUCUCAUCCACCUGGUUUCCUCCAUGUCUCCUCCCAGCUGGAUGUCGUGAGGAAUAUGGUGAUCACUGUUAUCAGUCGCCUGUGACAUCACCCACCUGUGCCUGAAGUUAUUGUCUCACAUGACGGGCUCGCUGUUGAAGACCAGAGUAAACCUGGUUUUAAGUUUAUGUGAGUACGUUUCAGGAGUGGAGUCCUGUGGAGGUUUGGAUCCAAACAGCUGUUUGUUUAGAUCUGUUCAGUUACAGCAGCAGCGCUCAGGCAGCCCACAGGUCCACCCUUUCACAUGUUUUCAUGAAACUCAAAGGUUGUUUUCUGAAAUCACUAAUAUGAAGUAAACAGUGUUUAUUCAGACUUUUAUGUUGAAGCCUUUCUUUUUUUGUCGCUUGUUUUUAAUGAAAUCAACCCUUCUUGCUCACUGUCGGCAGUGAUGUUAAUUUUUUUGUUCCUUCUUCAUACUUUUGCAUUUAUGAUCAGCUGUUGACGUUAUUGAUCAGUAACUAAUCUGUUCUAAUAAAUAGUGGAGAAAACCUG